AAAGAACCUGGAUACUAUCUCGGUUUCAUGUCCCACGCUCCUCAAGGUCUUCUUUCGAUAUGUGAUCCUCAAGAUGCAAGGAUCGAAGAAGUUUACUGGGACCAAUGUUUUCUCGUCGAGCGGUAUUGGCGCUUGAAUCUACUAUCCAGAACAAGAUUAAUCAACUCAUAUCCUUGAUUGAAGAACAUUAUGUUUCUCCGCAUUCAAGCGUCAAGAUGUCCAUGGCAUACCGCUCCGUCACUACGGACAUUAUCACUGAAUACUGCUUCGCAGAAUCUGCGAAUACCCUUACCCCAAAUUUCGAUCACCCGAUACAGAUAGGCGUACGGGAGCUUGGCAAAAGGGUCUGGAUCCAAAGAUAUUUUCCUUUUCUCAACUCUUUGACCUCAAAAGCCCCUCCAAAACUCGUUCAAUGGCUUUUUCCAAGUUUUAGAAGCUAUGUGGAGACGAAAACCGGAUACGAGAAGCAGAUUGAUGGGCUCAUGCGCAAUCCAGAUUCCCUCUCUACCAUUGAUCAUGAAACAAUCUAUCAUCACCUUCUCAACCCCAAGGAUCAAGUAGCACUUUCCCGAACAACGCUGGUUCAUGAAGCGUUCACUCUUGUUGGUGCCGGCAGUGAUACUGUUGGCAAUGCUUGCACUGUAGGAACCUUCUUUGCUUUGAAAAAUCAGAUGAUAGGUCGUAAACUUGUGGAAGAACUUCGCGAAGCAUGGCCCGAUGAAGAUAAACCACUAAGCUACGUGGUGCUGGAGAAACUACCAUAUUUGACUGCUUUUAUCAAAGAAGCACUACGAUUCUCAGUUGGAGUGAUCCACCAUAUUCCUCGUGUCGUUGGUACUGCCCCCACUGAAAUUGGUGGUCACAAGAUUCCUCCGGGCACGGUCGUCGGAAUGAGCUCAGCAUUCUUGCACAUGAAUCCUGAUGUGUUUUCUGACCCUUACACGUUCAACCCGGAACGAUGGCUGACUCAAGAUACGAGCACAAUGAUGUUUGAUUUCGCUCCUUUUAGCAAAGGUCCUCGUAUCUGCAUAGGAUUGAAUCUAGCAUGGUGUGAAUUAUACCUUAUCUUCGGCAACAUAUUCCCUUCAAAUCGGACUAUAUAUCCCCUUACUGGCAUUGGGAAGAUUACAGGGUGUUUGUAGAAAAAAGAAUUUGAAGUCUUACUAGAAAUUGGUAACAACUAGCUAU